AUGCAGACCUUCAAUGGCGACUGCAGUCUUCUCGACUCAGCCUUAGUGAUUGCCAUAUCCGACGCUACCCUCAUUUCGUUCGUGAUCGCCCCCAUACUCGCUUCAGAUGCAGAAUAUGUAGACUCAAACUCGCUAUCCGCGAAUAUACACUCAUCGCAUGCUCGACCACCGCCAGCUCAGAUCCUGUUUCUCGGUGCGCCCCUCCUUGAAACUCCCUCACUCCUGGCACCCCAUCCUUUCAUCUCCCCAGAUCCACACCAUGCCUCCUGCUACGACAAAUCCCAUUGCAAUUCCUCCUCCGGCAUCACUUGCGUCACCGGAACUUAA